ACAGCACACAAAAACGAGACCAUACAUUCGUUGGCGUGCGGGGAUCGGAUGUACCCAUAAUCACAUUGCAUCGGCGCCAUCGCGUCCCUGCCAUUGGCUCGCUGCAGUCACGUGGCCUCAACUUUGUUCACUUGACAGAAAAGUAGGAGGGUAAAUCAGAACAGGAAUAACCCACUCGUAAAGGGAAGAGAUGUAAAUCUGACUUCUUUAUUAGGUUCAAUUCCUCAUAAAGGCUGGCGUUAAUGGUCAUGAGCUCCUGUUUGACCAACUAUGUGGACCAAUUCCCACCUUGCGAGGAGUACUCACAUAGCGACGAUUUAGCCAGGAACUCUCCGGACAAUUUGGGCUCCCAUAGGUAUGAGCCCCCCGCCUUUCAAGCUGACGCUUCUCUCAGGAAUCCCCAGCAUCACCGGGAGCGAGCGGAGUCGCAGUGCGCGCAUUGUCAGCCUGCCUCUGUGGUGAUGUCGCCUCGCGGCCUCGUCAUUCCCCCGAUUGGAGUGGAUAUACACCCUGUUCCCGAGCGUGGCCAGGAAUCGGUGACACUCAGCCCGCCUCUGAGUGAGCAGCCUCCGCCCAGUCCAAGCACUCGAAAGGACCCCGUGGUGUAUCCGUGGAUGACGAAAGUUCAUGUCAACAUUGUGAGUUUGAACUACACAGGAGGAGAGCCAAAGCACUCUCGGACAGCUUACACCCGGCAGCAGGUUCUGGAGCCUGAGAAGGAGUUCUACUACAACCGAUACCUAAUGCACAAACGCAGGGUGGACAUAGCACACACACUCAGUCUGUUAGAGCGCCAGAUAAAAAAUUGGUUCCAGAACCGACAAAUUAAAUGGAAGAAAGAUCACAAAUUGCACAACACCAAAGUCAGAUCGGGCAAUAACUGAAAUGGCCAAGUUUGAACUGAUCACCUAGAAAACGAUCCCAUCUGCUCUUUGUUGCAUUUUUGCCAUCCAAAUCAACAAAGCUGAAGAUAAAAAAAUGUGGACUGGAAUAACCAUUACUGACUCAAAGCCAUUUACUCUCUUUAUCUUCUCGAUGAAAAGAUUGACUGAAUGAAAAUAUAAAAAGAUGUCCCACCUCAAAUGUCUAUUGGCAAAAGUAUCAUAAUUUUCAUAUUUUUUACAUCAUCCACUUUCAACCUUCAAUUUAAUUAAACAGUAAAACACUCAUGUGAGUUUUAUUUUCCUGUUCCAAGAGAAAGGUUUGUUUCCCAUUUUUCAUUUUUAAUAACAAACAAAUUUGUCAUGUUCAUUUUUUGGGUACAAACCUGUAUACAUAGGUGAUUGGAUUUAAUAGGGUUCUGGCAUUAUGCCUGUGGUUUUGCCACACUAAAAGCACGGACAUAUCCAGCCAUGUAAUGUAACUGAACUAUCUUUAGAUCAAGCUAUAUCACACUAUGUGAAUAUAAAGGAAAACUUGAAAGAUGUGAGCUUUUUUCCCAUACAAAUGUAACCAGCUCUUCUGUAAUGGGGAAAAAAUACAUUAGAACAUUUAAAAUGUGUAUGGUAUUUAUUGACCAAAUAGAGAUUUUUUUAAAAAUAUUUAAUGUACUUAAUUCACAGUAUUGACAAAAUACUUACUCUUUGUUACCAAGACUGACAAGGAGGGCUAUUUGUUUGGACUGCUCGGGGCAUGGGUAGAAAAAGUGAUACAGGUAUUAGUUUGAGUGUUCCAUACAUGCUUAUUCACAAUAUAAACCAUGUAUGCAAUACAAAUACAGUGUCAUACAAUUUUAUCCCAGCUGCACUUUUCGUUUAAUGAAGUGGCACAUUUUAUUUUAGGUAUAAUGUUAUUAUAUAGAAUGCGUACACACUUUCUCUGUCCACUCCUCUUACAUUAUGCCAUUUAUCCCAAGUGUUAUUUUUAAUGGAUGGUAUUUUAUUUCUAUUCUAAAGAUCUGUUUCUAAUAUUGGUAAUAAUAAUAAUAAUAAUUUUGAUCUUAUUGCCUCAUGGAUUUAUGUUGUUUGUCUGUGUUUGUAUGCUGCUUUUAUCUUGAAAUAAUUUGAAAAUAAUUAAUACAUACAGAAUAA